GUUUGCGUUUCUUAUUUAUAUUCAUCCUUUUUUUUUUUUUUUUUUUUGGUUGGUGGAAAGGAAGGAGCCCAGAGUUGAAACCAAGAGAUACAUAAACUUGAAGCUGCAGUUCUGGUGGAAGUGGGCGCUGAGUAUUAAAUGGCUGGAAAUUUCAAGAAGUGCAUGUUGUUAUGUUGCAGGGCAAAAGUCUCGAAGGAAGACAUGGCUACCGAUUCCUUUGACGACGCCAUUGCCGGACUUUCCAAGCUUAUCAGUGAGAAAGGCCACCUCGGGGACGUCGCCGCCGCCAAGAUCAAGCAGAUAACGUCCGAACUGAAGUUGGCCAGUUCGGGCCGGUUCGACCCGAACGAGAGGAUCCAAUCCGGGUUCAAUUACUUCAAGACGGAAAAAUACGAGAAGGAUCCAGAGUUGUACGGACAACUUGCCAAAGGGCAGAGCCCCAAGUUUAUGGUAUUUGCAUGUUCCGAUUCUCGAGUUUGCCCUUCACACAUCCUGGAUUUCCAACCGGGUGAGGCAUUUGUGGUCCGAAACAUUGCCAACAUGGUCCCACCAUUUGAUCAGACAAAAUACUCCGGAGUAGGUGCAGCCAUUGAAUAUGCCGUAUUGCAUCUAAAGGUGGAGAAUAUUGUGGUGAUUGGUCACAGCUGCUGUGGAGGUAUAAAGGGUCUUAUGUCUAUCCCGGAGGACGGGACCACUGCCAGUGAGUUCAUAGAGAAUUGGGUCCAAAUAUGCGCACCUGCAAAGAACAAGAUCAAAUCAGAGUGUAGUGACUUGAGCUUCACUGAGCAAUGCACCAACUGCGAGAAGGAAGCUGUGAAUGUGUCAUUGGGUAACCUAUUGACAUACCCGUUUGUGAGAGAUACCUUGGUGAAGAAAACUCUGGCUCUCAAGGGCGCGCACUACGAUUUCGUCGACGGGACUUUCGAGCUCUGGGAUCUCGAUUUCAAAAUCUCUGGCUCUGUAUCUGUAUGAUGAGCAAGAAUAAAAGUCAAUCUGCUACAAAUUAUAUAACUUUUUUUUUCUAAGCAUCACACAGUUUUCCCUGCGCUGCAAUGCUGUAAAUUCCCUUUGUUUUUGUUCACUGUGGAAAGAUAAUAAUGCAGCCACAAUGGCUCCUGUCUUGCAUAUUGUUUGAAUAAAAUAUGGUUUGUUUGUUCA